CAGUGGGCAAAUGUACAAAAUCAGCAGGGGAUCAAAUACUUUUUUCCCUCACUGUACAUGUGGUCUGCGGUUGUGAGGUCGGUUGGACGUACUGUCAAAUUCCAUAAAAUGACGUUGGAGGCAGCUUAUGGUAGAGAAAUUAACAUUCAAUUCUCUAGCAGCAGCUCUGGUGGACAUUGCUGCAGUCAGCAUGCCAAUUGCAUUCUCCCUCAAAAUGUUAGAGUGAUUAGCUUUUUGUGCGUAUGGAAAAUUUCUAAUACCUUUUUUUUCAGCUCAUGAAACACAGAUUUUUGUUCAGUGUAUAUAUAGAUAGAUAAUACUUGAUGACUUUGCAAUAAUAUUUUUUCAACAUAAAUCUACUGUUCUAUUCCUUCCGACUGUCCACCCCCCCACCCUUUCUAAGCUUUAUACCUGUAAUGGGUUUUGAUCAUGUGGCACUAAAACAGGCCUUUGCUGUAAUUCUUCUCUUAACCAGUUGGGGGCGCCAGACUCCCCGAGCAGAGGGCAGAGGCUUUCGGCCAAUCAGCAGGCUGAACAGAACCAGGUCCAAACUACCACGUUGUUGUUGUUGUUAUGGCCUGUAGUUGCAGUGUUGUUGACAACGUUGUCUCAUAAAAGCUUCAUCUAGCCUUUGUGCCACCAUAGAUCAUAGUACACUGCCAGCUGCAUGCAACCCAAGCAGGUUACUCACCUGUGGGGCUAAAUCUAAAAUGAUCCCUAUUCCCUAUGUAGUGCAUUACUUUCAGCCCUAUGGGGCACUGACCAAAAGUAGUGCACUAUAUAGGGAAUAGGGUGCCAUUUCAGAUGCAUCCUAGUGUUUCAGUGGUAGAGUCGGCUUGCUAGGAUUACUAAUGCAUAGAGAGCACCAGCUGUACUUCAACCCAAUCAACUACACUGUAGAAUUGACUAAAACGUGUUUGUUGAUUUUGCUUUCUAACUGUGUGCUCUAACAACUUUGAUUUCAAUUGAGGUGUUUUUUCCGGUUGGUUUAAACUGCAUUUAGUUUUGUUGGUUUAAACUGCAUUUAGUUUUGUUGGUUUAAACUGCAUUUAGUUUUGUUGGUUUAAACUGCAUUUAGUUUUGUUGGUUUGUUUUAUGCACUUUAUACCAUUUGCCUUUUGACUGGGCAUUAAUGGUUGUGUUGCAUUGGCUAACCUUUUUUCAUAUAUGCUUAUUCCUUUUUGAGAGAAAGAAGCUAAGACUAUUGGGAUAUAGCCCUUGACCAUCUGUCAGUAUUUCAUUUAUUUUCCUCCUCCCUCUCUCCUUUUAUUCCUCCUGUUCCUCCUCCUCCUCUUUCUCUUCCAUAGGAUGAGAUGUUAAAUGCUAACCGUGGAGGCUCCAAGUCCAACACACCCAUGUCUCCUAAAGGGGGCUCCAGGUCGGGGACCCCCAUGUCCAGCCAAGGAGGAGGCUCCAAAAUGUCCUCGCAACAAGGUGGCUCUAAAUCAGCCACCCCCAUGUCUUCUCAAGGAGGGUCCAAAUCCGGUACCCCCAUUUCAUCUCAAGGGGUAGACUCUAUGUCAGUUACCCCAAUGUCCACGCAAAGCGGUUGCUCCAAAUCUGUCACCCCAAAGUCCAGUCAAGGGGGCGGGUCUAUGUCGGCCACUUCCAUGUCUACUUCCGUGUCUGACGUUGCCAUGGCGUCUGUGGAAACGCCCCUCCAGGAAGAGUUAGAGGAAGUGGGCAAGGGUCUGAACAGGAACCUGGACAGAAGCAACAGGAUGCCAGAGAACAUCAGCAGUAAGAACACCACAGUACAGGAGGGUCAGGAGGGACAGGACUCAGAGCUGAGAGGAGGGGCAGGACCUCUCACAGGCACAGGUCAGUACUGCAGCUAUAGGGCAUAAACUGGGAUAACAUGGGGAUUGGCUAUGUUGGGGGACUUGGAUUAGGGACAUUAAAAAACCUACUAAAAUGUGUUUGGCAUCACAUUGGCCUCACCACUGUAUUCACCAUGUCAAACGUACCCAUAUGUCCCACAAGGAUAAUACUCAAACAUGUCAUUCCCUCUCCUCUCCAGACGCAGCAGAUGACAACACUGAGUCAUCGGAGGUGCAGGCCAUCAUAGAGUCCACUCCUGAACUGGACAUGGACCUCAGUGGCUACGGAGACACCAGGUAGGGUCAACAGGAAGUAGUGUUUCUAUCUCCAUCCUGAACACUGAAUCAUCAUUUAUGUGUCAAACUGUACAGACAAUCCAUUCACGCUUGGUCCUUCCAGCUGGAUAUGAAAACAAAUACUUUAUUUUAUGAUGUAAUGUAUCGUAGCUGUGGUCACUCAGAUGACCUCCCUCUCUCCCUCCCCCAUCCCUCUCUCCCUCCCUCCCCAUCCCUCUCUCUCUCCCUCCCCAUCCCUCUCUCUCUCCCUCCCCCAUCCCUCUCUCUCUCCCUCCCCCAUCCCUCUCUCUCCUCCCCUCCCCCAUCCCUCGCUCCUCCUCCCUCCCCCCAUCCCUCUCUCGCUCCCUCACCAUCCCUCGCUCUUCUCCCUCCCCAUCCCCGGCCUCUCGCUCCCCCUUCCCCCAUCCCUCUCUCUCUCCCUCGUGCUCUCUCUCCCUCCCUCCCCCAUCCCCUGCUCCCUCUCCCAUCCCCAUCCCCCAUCCCUCUCCCUCCCCAUCCCCCAUCCCUUCCUCCUCCCACUCCCCCAUCCCCUCUCUCCCUCCCCCCCCAUCCCUCUCUCCUCCCUCCCCCAUCCCUCUCUCUCCCUCCCCCAAUCCACCUCUCUCCCUCCCCCAUCCCCCUCUCCUCCCUCCCCCAUCCCCUUCUCCUCGUCCCUCCCCCAUCCCCUCUCCUCUCCUCCCCCCCCCCCUCUCCCUCCUCCUCACCUCGCCCUCCCUCCCCAUCCCUCUCUCUCAUCUCUCCUCCCUCCUCCCAUCUCUCUCUCUUCCCCCCAUCCCUCGCUCUCCCUCCCCAUCCCCCUCCCUCCUCCCCCUCCCCUCCUCUCUCGCCCUCCCCAUCCCUCUCUCCCCCCAUCACUAUCUCCCCCAUCCCUCUAUCCCUUCUCCCAUCCCUCUCUCCCUCCUCCCAUCCCUUUCUCCCUCCCCAUCAUUAUAUCCCCACCCCCCCCCCCCUCUCCCCCCAUCCCUCCCUCUCUCCCUCCCUCCCCCUCCCUCUCUCUCCCAUCCCUCUCUCUCCCAUCCCUCUCUCCCUUCUCCGCAUCUCUCUCUCUCCCAUCCCCCUCUCCCUCCCCCAUCCCUCUCUCCAGUACUCCUACUAAAGGAGUAGGUAUAGAAAACAUGGCGUUCGACAGGAACACAGAGUCUCUGUUUGCGGAGCUGUCCUCGGCAGGACCCGACAUGGAAGUAGACAUAGCAGACAUGGACGAGGGGGCCGACCUGCUCGGUAAGACACGCCCACCGUAGACACUUGCCAUCUCAUACCCACGCCUUGAGUAAAUCUGGAGAACUCUACCUCAAUCCCAAAUGAAUGGCAAAGACUCGACUGACACUUGUGUGUACAUCCCAUAUACUAGGAUGGACUCCCCUUUCUACAGAAAUAGUUAGCCUUUUCUCCCAUAUCACAUUAACUUUCUAUCUCCAUACUGUAUAUUUCAUCUCAUUAUUUCAUACUUUUCUUGGAUCCUCUCUUCAGAUGAGUUUUCUGGUGUGUAUCAACCAUUUCAUUCAUCCCCCUUCUCCCUUAUCACUCUCAUAUCCUUCUCCCUAGUUCUCCCUUUUUAGCUCCCAAACUAUGACUAAAAUAUACAGUGGGAUCUCCCUCUUGGUGAGGUUGUAGGUUAGGUAUUCUUUAGGCUGUAUAUUGACCUGGUAGGGUCCCGGUAGGGUCCCCGUAGAGUCCCCGUAGAGUCCCCGUAGUAGAGUCGAGUCGUGUGCUGUAAGACGAUCUUGUCAAGUUAAUCAAUUUUGUUUUCCACCUCAUAUUGCCAGCAUGGGUGUCAGACUCAGACCGUAACUUCCUGGGUAAGACUGAAGGAGGGUGUGUAUCAUGUUGUUUUAUAUCCUUCCAUUUUAGACUGGAGGAAUUCCCAAUUCUUAUUUCAUUGUUUUCCUUUUCAUCCCUGCUGGUCUCUUCUUCUAAGGUAUGGGUCGUGAAGUGGAGCACCUCAUCCACGAGAACACUCAGCUGCUGGAGACCAGGUAAGGCAUGUUUUCAGAUCACCUGCAUCCAUGCUCAAGAAAUCAAUGGAACAUUAUUAAUCAGUAAGAGCAUGAAUGUCCCACGUUGUGUAGUAAAUAGCACACUACUGCCACCUGCUGUUCACGGAGGGAUUUAGCUUUCAUCAAAGACAGAGUUCACCUAGAGCAGUGUUUCUGAAUCCUGGUCCUGGGGAAUCAAAGGGGUGCACAUUUCUGUUUUUGUCCUAGCACUAAACACCCAAUUCCAUUAAUCAAAGUUUUGAUGAUGAGUUGAUUAGUGGAAUCAGGUGUGUAAUGCUAGGACAAAAACAGAAAUGUGUACCCCUUUGAUUCCCCAGGACCAGGAUGCAGAAACACUGGCCCAGAGAAAGUGGGUGUAGGGCCUAAUGAUCAUGCUGACUAAUCUCUGUCCUCUCGGUCUCGUCAGAAAUGCGUUGAACGUGGUGAAGAAUGACCUGAUAGCGCGUGUGGAUGAGCUAUCGUGUGAGAAGGAGGUGUUGCAGGGAGAGCUGGAGGCUGUGACUCAGGCCAAGACCAGACUGGAGGAGAAGAACAAGGAACUGGAAGAGGAACUGAAGAAGUCAGUCUCUACUCUACCUUUCUUCUCUCUGUCAGUUUUAUUCCCCUGUUGAGAUUAAUAUAGGAUCCCCAGGCAUCUCCAGUGUGUCUGUGUGUGUUCAUCUCCAGUGUGUGUGACGUGUGUGUGUGUGUGUGUGUUCAUCUCCAGUGUGUGUGACGUGUGUGUGUGUUCAUCUCCAGUGUGUGUGUCUGACGUGUGUGUUCAUCUCCAGUGUGUGUGACGUGUGUGUGUGUUCAUCUCCAGUGUGUGUGUCUGACAAGUGUGUUCAUCUCCAGUGUGUGUGACGUGUGUGUGUGUUCAGCUCCAGUGUGUGUGUCUGAUGUGUGUUUUCAGCUCCAGUGUGUGUGACGUGUGUGUUCAUCUCCAGUGUGUGUGACGUGUGUGUUCAUCUCCAGUGUGUGUGACGUGUGUGUUCAUCUCCAGUGUGUGUGACGUGUGUGUUUCUCUCUUAGGGUUCGGGCCGUGGCGGAGGAAGACAAAAGGAAGACUAAGAGUGAGAACAGUGAGGAAGAUGUGAGUUCUGUGUGUGUGUGUGUGUGUGUGUGUGUGUGUGCGCGCGCGGACAUGUGUGUCUAAUGAUGGUGCUGAUACCACUCCUGGCAGGCGGAUGUUCCUACAGCCCAGAGGAAGAGGUUCACCAGAGUAGAGAUGGCCAGAGUCCUCAUGGAGAGGAACCAGUACAAGGAGAGACUAAUGGAGCUACAGGAAGCUGUACGAUGGACAGAGAUGAUACGGUGAGAAGAGAGGGGAGGAGGAGAGGAGAGGGAGGAGGGGAAUCUUGUAACUAAGAGCCAAUUUUAUGCUUGAUCCGAAAAUGUGGUCGGAGGCUCCGUAUGGAGGGUGUGACGCAAUUGCGGAGCCUCCGGAGGCAUGCAGAGGCCAAAUCAAGCUCCGUACACAUAGCCAUGCGCCUCCCAAAUGUUGUAACAAUGCGGAGGGCUCUCUAUAGCUCCCCAUUGACAUGAUUGGUUGACGGUAGGUGGAGGCUGGAGGUCCUGUAUAAACACAAACUCACUUUCUUGACAACAGCUCUUCUCAACAGCUCUGCGCUGCGCCGUGAAGCGCAAAAAAUAUGAAUGCCCUGACUUCUGCAGAGGCCUCGUGACCGUAAAUGCUGCACGGCCAAUGCAGAUGUCGGAUUGACCAUGUAGCACCUUUAAAGCUGAGCUAGUCCAAAACAAAGUGAUGCAUAUUGAAGAGUUUUUGUCUUCUGUGUUCCACCCACACAAUGUUCUUAUUGAUAAAUAUGCACCCCUUCUAGUGCGUUCCCUCCUGGGCGAUUCUAGCUGGUUGAGUAACAAGAUCGUUUUUGUCUCAGCUGAAUAGUGAGGACUCAUUGUUACAACAUUUAAAUGUGUUCUCUUCCCUCAGAGCAUCUAGAGAGAACCCUGAUGCCGCAGACAAGAAGAAAUCCAGCAUCUGGCAGUUGUAAGCUUCCCUCCUUUUUUACCAUCACUCAUUUUCUACUACCACUCCUUUUUUACCAUCACUCAUUUUCUAUUACCACUCCUUUCUAGCUCUCAUUUUCUUCACUCCUUCAAUACAAUCCUUCUCCUUUACUUAACUCUUCUUUUCUCCCUACACUCCUCCUCUCAGAGCUGUCAUACGUACCUGAAGCUAAAGUCACUGUACGAUGAUUGUUGACCAUCGUUGAUUCUGUUUCCUCCUUUUGUUUUCUCUGUUUUAUUAUUUAAAAAAAUCGUGUUUUGAUCUCCAGUGUGUAGGUAAACCUUUGCCAUGCUAAGGGUCUUCUUGAUUCUGUUUCUUAACAAACAACACCAAUAAACCAUGCAGGGAGUGCCUGCCUGAUCAGAGAAUGGCUUUUACUUCAAGUGUCAUUUUGUUUUUGUUGUAAGUCGGCGUGAGUUCACAUUUUUUGAAAUCUCCCAAGGGAAACCAACACGUAUGCUCUGUUUUCAAACGUUUAGAAAACUAUUCACCUACAAACGGAAGGUGUCUGUGUGUACCUAGUACGCAUAUGAAAUAUAUUUUACUGAAAUGUCUUAAACUGCAAUUUCCUGAUACAGGCUCUCCCUGUUGAGUUUCAGUAGGAAUGGUAAUGGUGUGUGGUUAUGUUUGACAUGUAUUGUUGGAGAGGGGUGUAAUGCGUCUGACUAAUCAUUUAUUUAUAUUUUAGGCAGAGGGUAAAGCAUUUAUUUGUUGGAGAGGCGGUGUGUGCGUGAAAUGUUAAAUGCAUGUUUAUUUAUGAAGAAAUCCCCUGUGUUUUCUGUUGCCCUCUGCUCCUCUGGUCCCUCUCUCUCUGUUAUAUCAUGCCUGUUGUUGUUGUUGUUGUCGUAUGUGUGCAGGAGGUGUGAUGGGGUUGGGAUGUGGGAGGGUGUGUGUGAUGGGGUUGGGAUGUGGGAGGGUGUGUGUGAUGGGGUUGGGAUGUGGGAGUGUGUGUGUGAUGGGGUUGGGAUGUGGGAGGGUGUGUGUGAUGGGGUUGGGAUGUGGGAGGGUGUGUAUGAUAGGGGGGUGUGAUGGGAGAAAGUGGGCGUACGGUGGAAUAGAUUGUUGUAUUCCAGAGUCAGAUGCUGUGUACAGUAUGCAAUCUGUGAUUGGACAGAUUUCUGAACUGACACACUGAGUUUGUGACCGAGAGGGAAGGCUAUUUUCUGCUUUAUGGAGAGGGUCAUGUAGUAUAUAUGUUUUGACCUGAUGGACUGUAAAUAUUUGAUCUUAAAGAAUCCUGAUAUUUCUGGACCUAGUCUUCUAGUCUUCUCAUCUCACUCUGCUACUUAACAAGCGUUGUGUCUAGAGCUGGGAUUAGCAGCAAUAGUUUGGAACGUUGUGUUUUGUGUUGACAUACUAACUGCCUGGUUCGUGUUACAGUAUUAACCAACGCAUUCCCUGCUCUCCCAUCCCCUGUAAAAUCACUGAGUGGAGACUGGCUCGCUGUUAAACCCUGCUUUUGGUCGUAGUAGUGGGUGUGUGUGGGAGGGUAAUCAACCCUUGAUUUGAUUAUUUAUCCCUUAAACCCUGCCGCUGCUGCUUUGUCCACCUUUUACCCCUCUAUGUGUCUCUGUGCUCUUUCUUUCUACCCCUCCCUCCAUCCCUCUGGCCCUCCCUCCAUCCUCCAGUUUCAGCCGGUUGUUCAGUUCAAGUGGCGCAGCGGCUAAGAAGCCGGCGGAGGCGGCUCCGGUCAACGUGAAGUACAAUGCCCCCUCCUCCCAGGUCCAGCCCUCCGUAAAGAAGAGGAGUGCAGCGCUGCAACAGUUACCCAGCGACAAGAGCAAGGCCUUCGACUUCCUCAAUGAGGAGUGAGUGUUGGAGACAUCUACUCAUCUGUCCAUUCACUCAUGAUCCCCCCAUUUAUUCAUACAGUCUUUCACUCAUCAAGGAUUGAAUCAUCCUUUGGCCCCACCCUCCAUGCCCCCAUCCUUUCAGUUCAUUUAUCUAUCUACGCCGGAUUGUAUGUCCAGAAUAGAUGUGAUGUUUUUUAUGCAUCCCCCCCCCCCCCCCCCCCUUCAGGUCUGAGGCAGGCAACAUGGUGUCUCGUAGGGAGCAGAAGAGAGCCCAGUACAGACAGGUGAAAGCCCACGUUGAGAAGGAGGAGGACAGCCGGGUACAGGCCUACGGGUGGAGCCUGCCGCAGAAAUUCAAGGUAGGACAAGUCACUUUGUGGAUUACUUUAUAUGGCUGACUUUUUAUAGACGGGCUGUAGGUAACGUUAGGUUACGUUAGGUUAAGCGACUCCAGGUAUUCUGACCACGCUGUUUUAUUUUACAGGUGGCCAACGGUGGUCAGACGUCAGAGAACAAGAUGAAGAAUCUACCUGUACCGGUCUAUAUCCGACCACUGGAUGAGAAAGAUGCUACCAUGAAGGUGUGUGUACCAGAGUAUGUGAGCGGCGUGGAGCUGGAGCGGAGCGUGCCCAUUUUGACUGGAGCGUGGAGCGAGUUCCCCAAAGGCUGGAGCAUCGGCCUUCUCGCCUGCUCCAGUAGCGCUCACUUCACCAGCUCAGAGCAUGCCCGGCCCAGCAUGCAUUUGUAGUCUACUUGUGUGCUGCUAUAGCCCCUUGCUUUAGCUACUGUCAUGGAGUUAGCUAAAUAUUUUCAUAAAGAAAUUGAUCAAACACACAGCUGCAAAAACAAGGUGACUUACAAAGAUGAGGGCCAAGAGCAAGAGAGGGAGUGCAGGGAUGUAGUGUCCACAAAUAAAGAAUCAUUGUGGAAUCUGAAAAGACACGUAUCCGGAAAGCAUGAUGGUGUACUUAGUACGUGCACAUGCUAACAGAAAGGAACGAGGUGGGUAGAUAACUAGAAAGGAUGAUAAGUGGGAUUUCCGACCGCUCAACUCCACUCCCAUGCUUCAACUCCACUCCCAUGCUUCAACUCCACUCCCAUACUCUAUUCUUACCUUGUAUGUCGCUCUAUAUACAGUGCCGUAUUGCUAACUGUGUGUCUCCCUCCCGUAGCUGUGGUGUGCUGUGGGUGUGAACCUGUCGGGGGGUAAGACUCGUGACGGCGGUUCAAUAGUAGGAGCCAGUGUGUUCUACAGUGACCUGACCAGCCCUGGUACUGAGAGCCCUCAUAGCAAGAUAGGAUCACAGAGCAGUCUGGACAAACUGGACCAGGACCUAAAGGUACAUGUACACAACACACACAGUCACACGGUCAUUCAGCAUGCGCUCAUACAAUACAGACACACAGACACGCUCAUACACACACACUCAUACACCUUUUCCCACUGUGUGUGUGUGUGUGUGUGUGUAGGAGCAGGAGAAGGAGCGGCAUCACCAGGAGGAGCUGUCCUCUCUGGUGUGGAUCUGUACCAGUACUCAGGCCACCACUAAGGUCAUCGUCAUCGAUGCCAACCAGCCUGGGAACGUCCUGGAGAACUUCUUUGUCUGCAACUCCCACGUCCUCUGCAUGGCCAGCGUGCCAGGUCUGUGUGUUUGUGUGUGGGUCAAGUGUGUGUGCAUUUUAUAUGUACACUCAAGACCCAGCAAAAUACGUAUAUUUCUUUUGAUUGUAGCUAACCAUAACAUGUUUGUUUGUACACGUUUAUAUAUGGUGUUUGUGCGUGUGGGUGUGUGUGUGUGUGUGUGUGUGUGUGUGUGUGUGUACGUGUGUGCUUGCGUGUGACGUGUGUGUGUGUGUGUGUGUGUCAGGUGCCAGAGAGACCGACUACCCGGCAGGGGAGGAGGUACCCCAUAACCUGAAGGCGGGGUCAGGUGCUGAGGGCGGGACUCUGGAAGCCAGCACAACCAGCAGCGGCUCAGGGGGCGAAGCUGGAGUGCUGGCAGGGAUCAAUGUGGUUGGCUGCUCUACCGAGGGGGAGGUGGCUACCCCCCAGACAGCAGUCACAGAGAAUGAGACAGACACCGGUAAGAGACGUCCCUCUGAAGUUUGAGCAUCACAAUUCUUAGCAGUUUCUACUGAUCUAGUCACACUGGACUGAUGUGCUAAGUUAGUGGAUUUUAUGCUAGUUCCAGAGGUGGGUGAUUGCUGGGUAUGCAUUUGCUAGCUAGACUAGAGGUCUUUGGACCCGGACCUGAACAGACCCGAGAACAAUCAGACCUGAACCCGAAUGGAACCGAGGACAACUUGACCUAGACCCGAUCAGUACCCUAACGGGUCUGGUUCUAGAUUGGACCCGAGUGACAACAAUGUUAUGUUUAUCAGCAAAGUUGAACUUCUGUUUAACAAAUAGGUCUUUAUAUGUCGGCUAGGCCUUCUAUAAGUUAAUAAAUUAACCUUAUUAGCGUAAAAUAAAUAUGCUAUAGCCUAUGCAGAGCUGUGGUCAGGUCCAUUCGGGUUCACUCAGUCUGUCAGCUGUAGCUACAUAGACCCGAUGACAAUCGAACCAGUGAAGCCCUCUAACCUAAACCCUUUCACCCCAGUUUCUCCAUGGAGAGAUCUGCUGAAUUCCAAGGUCUACCCUACAGGGUUAUAGAAACAUGUGAUUUGGACUAUGGAUUCCCUGUCCGUUUAAUAAGUCUUCUACUAUUAUUCUCUCUCCCGCUCUCCUCCCUGUGUAGACUCCAAGGCUGCAGAGGAGGCUACUGAAGCUACAGAGGCCAGUGCAGGUCCUGCAGGCCCGGAGCAUGACUUAAGUCAGAGGGGAGUCUACACUGAACAUGUCUUCACUGACCCUCUGUGUGUUCAGAGUACUAGUCCUGGGAAGACGCCAGCCAACUACACACAGAGGUAUGGGAUACAUGGACGGACACACACACACACACACACACACACACACACACACACACACACACACACGCACGUUAUAACAUCCUGUUUCCAUUCUCAGGGAGUCUGAUCUGGUAAAGGAUGGUGUGAGCUCCAACCCUAACCCAGAGGAACAGGACCUGAUGAGAGAAGAAGCCCAGAAGAUGAGCAGUGUUUUACCUACCAUGUGGCUGGGGGCACAGAACGGAUGGUGAGAUGCCAAUCCACUAAUUAAUCAAUCAGAUAUGUUUAUCCAUCUCAUAUUGAUCUCAUCAGUCAAACUGGUGUGUGUUUUUCUGUGUGUGUGUGUUCCAGUGUGUACGUGCACUCGUCAGUGGCCCAGUGGAGGAAGUGUCUCCACUCUAUAAAGCUGAAGGACUCUGUCCUGGGCAUCGUCCAUGUGAAGGGGAGAGUGUUGGUGUCUCUGGCUGAUGGAACACUGGCUAUCUUCCACAGAGGAGUGGGUAAGGUUGACGCGUUUCCAUAUGCUUUCUUACAUGUGUUUUUGUGUCUGUUGAUCUACUUGAAUCCUAUAUAAGGGUAUCAAUUAAAGGAUUUAUAUGCUGAUGCUAACACCCCCCCCCCCCCUCCCCCUCCAGAUGGUCAGUGGGAUCUGACCAACUACCACCUGUUAGACCUGGGCAGACCCCACCACUCUAUCCGCUGUAUGACCGUGGUUCACGACAAGGUCUGGUGUGGCUUCAGGAACAAGAUCUACGUGGUCCAGCCCAAAGCCAUGAAGAUAGAGGCAUGCCUGACACACACACACAAACAAACACACACACACACACACAGAAUCACACAGGCUCAGACAGACUCAGACGGACUGACUCACAUACCUAACACAGAAGUCUAGCCAUCCACAGAUUAUAGUUUUAACCCUCCUUUUCCAUCCUGUCUCUCCAUCUCCCCCUCUCCCCCCCCCGUAGAAGUCGUUUGAUGCCCACCCCCGUAAGGAGAGCCAGGUGAGACAGCUGGCGUGGGAUGGAGAUGGUAUCUGGGUGUCCAUCCGACUGGACUCUACUCUGAGACUGUUCCACGCCCACACACACCAACACCUGCAGGACGUCGACAUAGAGCCCUACGUCAGCAAGAUGCUGGGUGAGGAACCAAGGGCAUUUAAAUACCUGUUAUUGUGUUCUGUGUUCUAUGCUUCUAACGCAGCGUGAUUGUGGUGUUUGUGUGUCCUUGUUAGCUGAAUGAUAUGGGACAGGGAUUCAUGGCAUUAGAAAGCCCAAGUCACAUACAGGAAAUACAGACCCAUACUUCAUUAUUUCUAUUUUUUUAACAAUACGUCAUGUUGAUCUCCCUCAGGUACGGGGAAACUGGGCUUCUCGUUUGUCAGGAUCACAGCUCUCAUGGUGUCCUGUAACCGUCUCUGGGUCGGCACCGGCAACGGAGUCAUCAUCUCUAUACCUCUCACUGACAGUAAGGGGAAGUCUCUCUCUCUCCAUCCCCCGCUCUCUGUGCCCAUCACUCUCUCUCUCCCCUCUCUCUAUGUAAUGAUUCAUUUCUCUCUCCAUCCCACCAUCUAUCCACCAUCUCUCUAUUUUAAUGAUUCAUCUCUCUCUCGCUCUGCCUCUAGCCGAUAAGGUGACAGCGGGGCCAGGUAAACCUGGUGGAGUGAUCCGUGUGUAUGGAGAUGAGAACAGUGACAAGGUGACAGCUGGAACCUUCGUACCCUUCUGCUCCAUGGCUCAUGCUCAGCUCUGUUUCCAUGGUCACCGAGACGCCGUCAAGUUCUUCACGGCUGUCCCAGGUAACUUCACUUCUCCUCCUCCCUCUCUUCUCCUCCUCCUCCUGCCUUUUAACUGGAUGAAGGUCCUCCCUCCCCCCCAGGUCAGGUGAUCCCGUCAGGUGCUGGCGAAGCAGCAGAGGUGGGGAGUGACAAGGGGGUAGGGGAGCACCCUCAACAGCAACUGGACAGGUCUGUUCUGGUGAUGAGUGGCGGAGAGGGAUACAUCGACUUCAGGAUGGGUGAGUUGGCUAGGACGAUCAUAUCAGACAAUCAAUUGACAAGUACAAUCCGUAUAUGAAAACAUACAGGUUUGUAUGAGUUGAAGUGGCUUAAUGUUUAAUGUCUUGCUGUGUGUGUGUGUGUGUGUGUGUGUGUCUUUGUCUGUGUGUGUGUCUGUCUGUGUCUUUGUGUGUGUGUGUGUGUGUAGGUGACGAGGCUGGGGAGACUGAGGAGCCACUGGAUGAGCACACUCUGAAGCUGCAGCCGUUCCUGGCUAAAGCUGAGAGGAGUCACCUGAUCGUCUGGCAGGUCAUGGGCAGUCAGGCCUGA